UGAAAUGCGCAGGCGCGUAGUAGUUAUCGGAGUCACGUGACAAGAAGGCGCGACUUCAGCCUCUCCCUUCGCGCGCCUGUUUUGGCGGGAUAACGGCUGUCUUUUUUUUUUACCUCUUUUAAAACUCGCAUCACAUAAAAAAAAAAGCCACUAAGGGAAAAUCGUUAUCUUAGUUCAAUCAAAUCAAAAGUGGGGUGGCAAUCAAAUCAAGUGAUUAGAUUGUGAAGUGAGCUCACCGUAUCUUUUAAUAGCAUUUCUGACUCAGAAAAGGUGCUGCCAGGCUCCUGGUUUCCUGGAAAUCUGGCGAGUGGUAGCACCUUUCUUGAGGAAGAAAUGCUGUUAACGUUUCUAAACUGUCCGUGUGUUGGGUGAACCCAUAAGAUUGGUUGAGGGAGGUAAAUUCUAGUUCAGGGGUCUCCAACCUUGGACCCUUUAAGACUUGUGGACUUCAACUCCCAGAGUCCCUCAGCCAGCAAAGCAAAGGAAGACCGAGAUAUCAAGGUCUGCGGGGGAAGGAGUUAGCAGCUUAAUCCCUUCCCCGAAGCCCUGCCAUGCUUGCCUGAAAAUCAGGUGUUGCCAUUUCCCCAUUGCUCUCUUGGUCUUGUAGGAAGUUAGCACUUACCCCACUCCUAGAAGAAUGAAAUAUUUUAGAAAAUAUUAAAAAGGGCAGAAAAUUAUUAUUUCCCUGGAUAAGAAAUGGAGACACCUGUUUUAAAGAAAUCAGCUUCCUGCCUCCCCCAACCCUUUGUCAAUGGGUCAGAGACAGAAACUCACUCCCCCACACCUUUGUCAAUGGACAAUUAAGGCUUCAGCCAAGCUCACUCAAUCCCCCCCACCUUUGUCAAUGGACCAUUAUUUGCAACACAAUAGGACUCAUCUAGCAACAGAAACUCACCACAUGGCAAGGCUCAGGCAAGCUUGAGAGACAACCUAUAAUGUUAGCUAAGACCGCUAAACCACCUGGGAGUUUGACAACCAAUCAGGGUACAUUUCUUAUGCAGGAACAGGAAACACCAAGGUGGGGCGCCAUAGAGAGUAUAAACUCAGGCACUCAGCAUCCCUUCUACCCUUCUCCCCUCCUCUUCUCCUUUCCUCUCUGGUUCUUCACUCAACACUUUGAACAUGUGACCACCAUUAAACCAUCUUUCCAAGCAGUCUCCAUGUUUCCAGUGACUUUUUCCCCACUUGGAACUGAACCCAGAUGGAUAUUUCUUCCAACAAUCUCUUUUCUCAUCUGACCAUAGCCUGGAUCGUAAGCACUUUCUAUUACUUGUGGCAGGACAUCAAGCCUCAUUCGGCUGCGUCCAACUGGUCUCCCAGCAGCAGUGGCAUUGGCGGUGUUAAGAGUGGGCAGAGAAGCAACCAGUGAGUGACAGGAUGCAGGGCUAGCAAAUGGAGGCAAGGUGAGGCUUCCCAGGAGGCUGGAAUGUGGGGCAGUUGGCUCCGUUGGUUGCCGUCCCCACCAAAAUGACAGCCCCGGCGCAGCGGGGCUGACGAGAGAGAGAAGAAAGAAAGGAAGGAAAAAAGGGAGAGAGAAGGAGAAGAAAGAAAGAGUGAUGUGAGUGACAUCAUGUUGGCCCUGCCCACCCAGUCACAAGCCACGGCCACAGAAACUCACUCCCCCACACCUCUCUUAUGCCACCCAUCUCAUCCAGGAAACCAAGUGUAUUGCUCAAGUUCCAGAAAAGAAAGAUGUGGUAGAAGAGCCCAGUGACAUAGAAGAAGGUGGACUAGAUCUGACUGUGCAAUUAAAGCCUGUCAGUUUCUAUAUUACGGACAAGAAGGAAAUGCUUCAGCAAUGCUUUUAUAUCAUAGGGGAGAAGAAAUUGCAGAAGAUGUUGCCUGAUGUUUUAAAGAACUGUUCAAUAGAAGAAAUUAAAAGGCUUUGUCUUGAACAAUUGGACCUUAUGUCUGAAAAGAAGUUACUGAAAAUUCUUGAAGGUGAGAGUGGGGUGGAUUCUGACAGUGAUGAUGAGACCAAUGGUGCUGAAGAAAAGACAAUAGUCGAAUCAGCCAGUCAGCAAGACAAUAGCAUAGAUUCUACUUCUUCUUUGAAGGAAGAAAACAAAUUGGAAGGGCUGGAUUCAAAACAAGGCAAAGGAGAAGAUAGCGAUAUUCUCAGCAUCAAUGCAGAUGCAUACGACAGCGACAUCGAAGGACCCUGCAAUGAAGAAGAUAAUCCAGAUGUGCCAGAACGGACGGUUGGAAGCGGAGACGGUCAGAUAGAUGACCUUCAGAAAGACAUUGAGAAAAGCGUCAACGAAAUCCUGGGGCUUGCUGAAUCCUCCCCAAAGGAUUCCAAGGCGGCAGCUUUAGCAGUUCCUCCAACAGAUGAUGUUCAGCCAUCAGCACAGCAGCUGGAACUCCUGGAGCUUGAGAUGCGAGCGAGGGCUAUUAAGGCCCUUAUGAAAGCUGGAGAUGUAAAAAAAUAGCCGCAGGGCUGUUUCAUUUGUUAGAUAGUUGGAUUUGCUCUGAUGAGUGUAGGGUCAGAAUCUUUUCACUCUACAGUCUAUUUGGACUAGUUCUGACAUUCCUCAUUCAAGCCCUUUGGGUAUUCUAGCUCAUAGCCAAAAUAGUUGGCAGCGGUUUAUCAGGGCCGCCAGUCUGCUUAUAUGACUUAUGUAAAUGGAUUGGUUUGAUGCUGGUUUUUUUUUUUCCCCAGCUGUCCUUUUUCCCCAGUCUGGGUUAGAUUAUUUCCCAAAGUGAAUUGGAAACCAGAGUCAGAGGCAGUAUGGAUGCAGCUAAGCCCUGUGGCUCUACAGACCAGAAUAAUCCCAGGGUUAGCUCUAGUUUUGAGGAGUUGAAGCUUUGGUUGCUUUUAGGUAGCAGCUAUAACUGCAGGAAAGUAAAACGUAGAAGCACCGCACAUUUAAGAGAAUACAGACCACAAGAAUAUCUUGCAUCAUCAUCAUUUAUAAUGCUUUGUGAUUGCUUUGGUGCCAGCAACAAAUGUUCAUAAUUCUAUGGUUUGAAAUUAAAUUUAAUUCAUGUCUCUCUUAA